UUGAAUGUAGGUUAUGAAUCAGUGAAAUUCAAUGUGGAGGUGCAUCAUGGAGGGUUUUUUGUGUGGAAGGGAGUGAAUCUGACAUAUUUGGAUGAGAAGAUAUGUUGGUUUGACAAUUUGGACACAAGAACUUUUUGCAGUGACUGCAUCUACUACAUGCUAGCACAAUUGAAUGAUCCUGAUCAUGAGAAAAUUAUGUAUUGGUGCCCACCUGGAAAAAUACUUGCAGAUAUGGUGGAAAUCAUCCUGGAAGUUCACUGUCAGAAGAUGGCCAAAGCCUCUGUUCACUCAAAGGUACUGGUUUUGUUUGUCAGGCAUAUCAGAAAACCUGAGAUGCAGGAGGAAGAUGACAUUGUGUUCAAAGGUUGCCCUGUUCUACCCAAAGUUAUAUUUAGUCCACUUAGAAAUGACAAGAAGAUGAAAACAGAGAAACUGUCAGAGGAGGCAGAAAAUUCAGAGCAACAAGAAGAUGCAGAUAUAUCAGAAAAUUCAGAAGUUUCAGAAGAAGAGUAUGAAUGUGAUUCAGACAUAGAUCCUACUUGGUAUGACAGUGAUUAUGGAAUGGAGGAGGAUGAUGAGGAGUAUGACAAGAAUGUAGAUGCUGUUGUGUAUGAUGCUUUGAUUGAGAAAGGCAAAAGUAUUGGUGCUGAUACAGGCAUGUUCCUGGGACAGAUGAUGUGUAUGAAGAUGAUUUGUAGCUGCCAGAAGAGGAUGAUUGGGAUAGAAAACAUAAAAGUGACUCUGAUGAUGAGGAGUAUAAGAAGAAAAAAGAAGGAGAACCCCAUUUAUAAGUUUAAACUAUUUAACCCAGCUGUUGACAUGGAAAACCCUCAAUUCAAGCUGGGCAUGGUUUUUGAUUCUGUGGAGCUCCUUAGGAAAGUAGUAGCACAGUAUGUAGUGAAGAACAGGGUGCAAAUUAGGAAGAAAAGAAAUAAUAAACAAAGAUUUGAGGCAGUGUGUGAAGAGGGUUGCCCUUGGAAACUAGUGGCUGUUAAUGACAAUAGGACACAAUCUUUUCUUGUGAAGACUUUAAUUGCAGAGCACACUUGUGAGAAGGUCUGGGAUGUCAAAGAACUAACAGCCCCCUUUCUUGCUAGCAAAUAUGUGGAGAAGUUCAGAGAUAAUGAGAAGAUUUCUCUAGCUACAUUUUCAAGGAAAGUUAGGAAGAAAUUUAACAUGGAAGUUAGCAGACACAAGCUAGGUAGAGAUAGGAAAGCAGCAUUGGAAGUGGUGCAUGGGGAUGAGGUGAAGUAGUACUCAUUGCUUUGGAGAUAUGCAGAGGAAGUGAGACAUAGCAAUCCAGGUUCAUCUUUCUAUCUAAACCUGGAGAAUGGGUUGUUUAGUACUUGUUAUUUCAGUUUGGCUGAAGGGAUGUAGGCCAAUCAUAUGUAUUGAUGGCACAUUCAUAAAGACAAAGUAUGGUGGCCAAUUACUCACAGCAGUAGGUAUAGAUGGAAAUGAUUCAAUAUAUCCAAUUGCAAUGGCAGUGGUGGAGACAGAAUGCUAUGGAUCUUGGGCAUGGUUCCUUGCUACACUGAAGCAGGAUCUUAACAUAAUGAACACUAGCACAUUCAGUAUUAUGAGUGAUAAACAGAAGGGGCUCAUAAAAGCUGUGAAUGAACAGUUCCCUGACUCAGAGCAUAGGUUUUGUGUGAGACACUUGUACCAAAACUUGCACUCAGCACACAAAGGUGAGACAAUCAGACAACAACUAUGGACUUGUGUCAAAUCAACCACUCCAACCUUUUUUGAAAUUAAUAUGGAGAAGAUGAGGGAAGAUAAUCCAGAAGCUUAUGCUUGGUUGGAAGAUAAGCCUCCAAAUCAAUGGUCAAGGGCCUUUUUUAUGUUUUUCCCAAGUGUGACAUUUUGUUGAAUAACACUUGUGAAGUUUUCAAUAGGUACAUUUUAGAAGCUAGAGAGCUACCUGUGUUGAUCAUGCUUGAGAGGAUUAAAUCACAGAUAAUGCAUAGGCAUAUGUCAAAGAAAAAGGAGGCCACUGAGAAGUGGACAGGCAACAUAACUCCAAAAAUUAGAGACAAAUUAAAAAAAUGUAGAGUUGUCAGCCAAUUGUCACCCUGAAGCGUCAAGGAUGGGUGUCUUUGGUGUCUUAUCAAAUGGCAAGACAUACAUAGUGGAGUUGAAUAUGUAUGCAUGCACCUGCAAAAGGUGGCAACUCACUGGAAUUCCUUGCAGCCAUGCUUGUGCCUGUUGUAGACAUGAAAGCAUUAAACCUGAAACCAUUCUGUCUUCUUGCUACUCUGUGCAAACAUACUUGUCAGCUUAUGAAGUCCAAGUAUAUCCUACAAGGGACAAAGAUGAGUGGCCACAUGUAGAUGCACUACCUAUAUUUGCCACCACUAUAUGAGAAAAGAGCUGGAAGGAGAAGAAAGAACAGAAGGCAGCAACCAGAGGAGACAUAAGAUGGCACUAAACUCAGUAGACAUGGGGCUAUUAUGCACUGUGGCUAUUGCAAAGGAGCUGGUCAUAACAGAAGUGGUUGCUCAAAGUUGAAAGCUGUUGUACUAAGAGAAGAGGAAGAUCAACAUGAGCAGACUGGGGACUUUGGAAGUGAUGCACAUGAGCAUGGCAGAACAGAUAAUGUUGAAAGUGAUCAACCUGAUCAUGGCAGAACAGAAAAUGUUGCAACUCAGCAGCUAGAAUCACAUAGUAGGAGGGGAAGGAAGAGAAAGCCCACUGACAACAUGAGGGAACAAAUAGAGCAAAUGAGGGAGCAAGCUAAGAAAAAAAAGUCAAAGAUGGUUAUUGAUGAAAAUGGAGAUGUUGACUUCCCUAUAAUUCUAACUCACAUUCAGAACAAAACUUUGAGGCCAGAUCUUGACCCAACACAGGUUAAAGACAGCAUGAUACAUAUUUUAUCACAUGAGGGAACAGCACAAGGAAUUCCUGUUACUAGGAUACACCAAAUUCCUGAGGAAAGUGCAUUUGUAGUUGAGCACAGGGCCAACAUAGCAGCUAGAGGAAGAGGAGUUAGAGGAGCUGCUGCUUCUGCACAAACACCAGGCAGAGGAAGAGGAGCUGGAAGAGGUGCUGGUUCUGAACAAGCACAAGGCAGAGGAAGAGGAGCUGGAAGAGCUAGUGCUUCUGCACAAGCACCAGUCAGAGGAAGAGGAGCUGGAAGAGGUACUGCUUCUGCACAAACACAAGUCAGAGUGAGAGGAACAAGAGGAAGAAGAGGAACAAGAAACAAGAAAACAAAAACAAAGGGACUGAAGUGGCUGCUACUUGGAGAAGGGUCUAGCAGAACCAGACAUGUUCCAGCAGAUGAAGAAUGAGUUGGAGAAGUGCUUGCUACAAUGCAUUUGUUUUGGUAUU